AUGAAUGAAUGCUUUCCAGAGGAAGAGGUGUCGAUAUUGUCGAGAGUCGGCUUCCCCUCGCAGCCAGUAUGCACAAAUUAUUUAGCAAACAGUGACGAUGAGGAGCCCAGAGCUGAUUGGCAACAUCGUAUGCAGAAUCUAUCCAUAUCAUGCGCCCUAGUCUGCCUCAUCGUGUUGGGCAGCGCGGCAUUGGUCGGCGCGUUUGGUAUCUGCAAGCAUCAGAUCAGCGCGGUACUUAUAACCGGCGUCAUGUAUUUAUUAGCCGGUUUGUUCGCCAUGUUCACUCUAAUGAUCAUCCACUUCAAGCGAGUUCAACGUGUAUCAGCCCGCGGCAGCUCGCACGCAGACGGUACGGGUGACGGCGUAGUCGGCCCUCGAGGACCCGCACUCUCUCUCCUCUCCGCUAGAGAGUUCUCCACUUCCUGGUCCCUAGAACUUGGCUGGGGAGGAGUCGCCCUCGCCACCACCACGUCCCUCCUUUGGAUCCUACUGUCCAAAAUCAUGAGGUACAACCCCAUCUCGGCUAUGCUCGUGUUAAUCUAA